GUCAGGAGUCAGGAGAAUUCUUCGAUUUCGAUAAGUGCGAAAGAGUUAUCUCUGAUUACAUAUAAAUAGAACAGCCGAACAUGGCGGCGGUGCACGACGAAGUGGGCAAGUCUGCGGAGAAGCUCGUGGACGAGGAGAAAGACGACGAUAUUGUCGACGAGGGUGUGGAGGCUGGAGCCGAGGCAUCCACCAAGAAGAAGAAGAAAAAGAAGAAGAAGAAGGCUGGUGCCGGAGAAGCCAGUGCUGAUGUUCCAGAGGGGGAAGAAGAAAAAGCCAAGGAGAACAUUGUCCCUGGCAAAGAUGAGGAUGAAAACGGAGAGGACGGUGGAGAAGAUGGUGGGGAAGCUGAUGAAAAGAAAAAGAAAAAAAAGCGUAAAAACCGAGGUAAAGGCGGGAACAAGGAUCCCAUAGCGUUUCCAGUCACCUCCUACUACCCAGAUGGUAACUACCCGGUUGGUGAGAUUAUGGACUAUCCUCCAGCUACUGGCAUAGAUGAACAAAAGGCAAAGGAACGUUUCACCAGCGAGGAAGCUCGUAAUCUCGACCGCUUGCAAAAUGAUAUUUACAAUGAAGCUCGUCUGGCAGCUGAAGCCCACAGGCGCACGAGGAAGCACAUGCAACAGUGGAUAAAGCCUGGCAUGACAAUGAUCGAAAUUUGCAAUGAGCUCGAGGAGACAGCCAGGAGACUUAUCAACGAGAACGGCCUCAAAGCUGGUUUAGCUUUUCCCACUGGCUGUUCAAGAAAUCACUGUGCUGCUCAUUACACACCAAAUGCCGGUGAUCCCACUGUUCUCCAGUAUGAUGAUGUUACCAAAAUUGACUUUGGUACUCACAUCAAUGGUCGCAUCAUCGAUUGUGCAUUUACGUUAUCUUUUAAUCCAAAGUAUGAUAAGCUCAUAGAGGCUGUCAGGGAUGCUACAAAUACUGGUAUCAAGGCAGCUGGUAUCGACGUGCAGCUUUGCGACGUUGGUGCUGCUAUUCAGGAAGUCAUGGAGUCUUAUGAAGUUGAAUUGGAUGGAAAGACUUACAAGGUAAAGUCCAUUAGGAACUUGAAUGGUCAUUCCAUAGCGCCUUAUAGAAUCCAUGCUGGUAAAACCGUGCCAAUAGUCAAGGGUGGUGAAUGCACCAGGAUGGAGGAGAAUGAAUUUUACGCGAUCGAGACCUUUGGAUCUACCGGACGUGGAGUAGUCCAUGAUGAUUUCGAUUGCUCUCAUUACAUGAAGCCUUUUGAAUCUGGUUUUGUACCUCUAAGGUUACAGAGCAGCAAGUCGCUUCUCAACACGAUAAACAAAAAUUUUGGUACGCUAGCAUUCUGUAAACGCUGGUUGGAUCGUCUUGGCUGUACCAAGUACCAAAUGGCUCUCAAGGAUCUGUGUGAUAAAGGUGCGGUCGAGGCUUACCCGCCGCUGGUCGAUGUUAAGGGAUCCUAUACCGCCCAAUUUGAGCACACAAUAGUACUACGGCCCACGUGCAAGGAAGUCAUUUCACGUGGCGACGAUUAUUAAGAGGAAAAAUGUAUAAUUUUUGUAUUAUAAAUUACCAACUUGAUUGCCUGACGACACUCAAAAAUGUAAUUUAAAUGUCGAUAAGAGUUUUGAAUAAAAAAAAAAAGUUGAUUGCAACAUUAA